AUGGUCUACAACAUCACCGAGAAAGAAACCCAACCGACAAUCUACAGCCACAUUAACGGCUCCCCGUCCGAGAUCAACGACCGAUACUGCGUCUCGGAACUGUGCAAAGGCUGGCCGGUGUACCGGGACGCAUCUGAAUGGAACCACUACCGCCACCUGUUCGCCAAGGAGGGCGCCUUCGUCUUCACCACAUGGAGCGGCGGCCUCCCCAUCGACGAUUUCAUCCGGACCUCGAUUAAAGGCCGCGCCAACGGCGACUUCAUCAUGCACCGCGAGAACGGCACCCUCGUCGACCUGAAUCCGGCCACCCAGCGCGCAGUCGGCAAGAUGAAGGCCACGAUCACGCAGCGCUUCAGCUGGGACGAUGGGGUGGACUUCGACGUCGAGUGCGACUGCCGCUUCAUCAACUUCUGUCUCAAAGAGGGGGGUGAGUGGAAGGUGGUGUAUAUCAAGCUGUUCUACGAGAAGGACCGCGUCGUCCCCGUCGACGGACGCACCGUCCCGCACUUCGACCGCUCGGAGCUGCAGCAGUAUCCCCCCGGCUACCAGUAUUUGGCUGUCGCACAGUCCCGGCUCGGCCAUCCGAUCCUUAAUGAUCUGCCCACGAUGAAUAAUCAGGCGUUUUUUGAUUUGUAUGCCGCGAUGGAUGCGUGGUUGCUGGGGCGGCCGGUGGGGGAUUUGUUGGGGAUUCCCAAGGGGGCGGUGCCGCGGUAUUGAGCAUGUAAUGUCGGAGUUAAGGUGGUGGGUCCGACUUUGCAAAUAUUUUACGGAUGAAUUAUAUGCAUAUUCAAGGAUGUAUCAGC